AUGGUCGAGGAAUCAGAAAACAUGAAGCCAAUUGAUAUCAAAAAAGAUCGAUUUCCUUUUUGUAUCGUUUGGACUCCUCUUCCUUGCAUAUCUUGGUUUUUGCCUUUCAUCGGGCAUGUUGGGAUUGCCUACUCGAAUGGCGUCAUUCGUGAUUUUGCGGGUCCAUAUUACGUUUCUGAAGAUAAUCUUGCAUUUGGCAAGACCACGCGCUAUUUGCAACUCGACCCAACAAAUAUCAGCGGAAAACAAUGGGAUACAGCUGUAAAAGAAGCCUCCGAUGAAUAUAACGGGCGAAUGCACAAUCUUUGCUGCGAUAAUUGCCACAGCCACGUAGCGAUGGCUAUGAAUCUGAUGGAAUACAAGGGCAAAUCAAACUGGAAUAUGGGAGUCGGGAAGGAUGCACUUUCCCGGUCAAACGGACUGGCCGGGAUUAUUGGGUACAUGAUGGUUGGAUAUCCAUUUAGUAUUAAUUUGCUAGAGCUUGGUUGCUUGUAUUACGGAAUAUACCGACUUGGUCUUGCUGCUAACACUUUCAACCAAAAACACGAAGUCCCAUACGACCGUCAAAUGGAAAGAACUAGGCUGAGAGAACUCGUCAAGAGAGGAUCUUACAACGGAUAUGAUUUGGCUCAUUAUGAAGCGCAAGUUAGAGGAAUGAAAAAUGUUGUCUACGGCGGUGCAGUUCUAGCGGCCGGUUGUAAUGCGACUGUAGCGGGACUCGGAGUGUUCAAUGUCUGGCUGUAUUAUUGGAUUUACACUACUUUGAAGCGAAAAAGCUGGAUAAACACGCAAAUUGGUGCAUUCGUCGGUGCAAUUCCGCCGCUUAUGGGCUACUUGACUAAUACAGGCGGAGAGUUUGUAAAUAACUUCUGGAUUGUCCCGACUGGUUUGCUUUUCUUCUGGCAAUUUCCCCAUUUUUACGGGCUCGCUGUUGAGCGGAACCCGGAGUACCACCGCGCUGGCUAUAAAAUGCUUGGAAUAACGGGCCGUUGGGAUCAAGUCUGGUCAAUUGGGUCAAUCCUCUGUUUCGCUUUGUUGACCUGGUUUGCUCACGAAGAACUUUCUAAAAAUCACAAGAUCCAGAGCUGCGGGGAAAGUGAGAAUUCCACAUUCUGGCUUCGAUACAUGCCACUCGUUGCAAUUGCGAUGGGUGGGAGCAUCAUGGCUUACUAUCAGGCACAGUGGAGUCUGGGCAUCAACUCUAUCGCAGCAGCAAGGAAAUUGUUUUGGUCUAGUACAGGAUUCAUCACGAUCUUAGGCUCGGAUUCUUAUUGA